AAAAGCGAACUCUCCACUCUACCCUCCAAUGGAGGACCUCCCACCCUCUCUGGUCACCGAUAUCCUGAGUCGACUCAACGAUUCUGCAGACCUGGUUCGCUGCCGACUCGUCUCGAAGACUCUAAACGAGAUGUCGUAUGAGGUACGAUCCCUCAACCACCUCUGUACCUUGUCUAGCUACCUCAAAUCUCGGUCCCGCGAUGCCACAUCUCCCCAGGUCAUGACCUUCAAGAUUGCCUUCAAGGACCUGGUUCGUAGACUCAGUAAACUCGAGUCCGUCUCCAUCGCCGUGGAGAAGUCCCUCGGCAGAAGAUCGUACGACGAGGUUGAAGACGACGAUGACGAUCUUUACCUGACUGAACCCAGCUUCAUCAACGAUUGGCUUCCGGAGAUUGGCGGACGUCUGAAAUCGAUUUCCAUAACGGAUUUUUGGAGUCAAUCUAGCUGGCGAAGGUCCGAGGCUUUGACUCUGAUUUCUUUGUUCUGCCCUAAUCUUCUCAAACUAGAACUGAAAAACACAUGGUUGUCAGUUGAUGGGUUGAACUGUAUGCCCAAUCUCACAAGUUUGACCCUUGAAUUUCUAAGACUAGAUGAUGAAGACCUGAAUAAAGUUAAUGAAUGUUUUCCGGGUUUACAAUUUCUUAAUUUGGUUGGGGUUGGAGGACUUAAAGAACCAAAGGUUGAUCUCAAGAACCUGAAAUUAUGUUACUGGACAAUCUCAAAUGCUCCACUAUCUAUAACAAUAUUGGCUCCCAGCCUUGUUGAACUCAAACUGGAGUGUAUUAGACCUAGAUCUCUUGUCCUUGAAACCCCAUCGUUGUCUGAUCUCCAUCUAAUCAUUGAGAACGCAGAUCAUUUAAAAGUGAAAGAAUUCAAUUGUUUGAACAGUCUUCAGCUAGAGUCUUGGAAUCUUUUCAGUCUCAUGGGCAAGUUUGGAUCAAGUAGAACCAUCAAAAUUCUGUCACUUGAUAUUCCAAAACACAAUCAAGAUGUUACUCCAAAGUUAAGCUUCGGAACACUGUAUGAUUCUUUUCCUAAUCUCAGUUCUCUCACAUUGGGUCCUCGAGCCUGGUCAGAAAUGGAGGCAUCAUUUAGCUCUGGAGGUUUGGAGGGUAGGGUAGAAAUGAAUGGCUUGAAAGAGAUUACUGCUUAUUUGUUAAUUGAUGAAAUGAAUGCCACCAUUUCCUUCAUAUCUUCUAUGUUGAAUAGAUGCCCCAGUUUGUCAAAUAUGGGUGUGCUUAUUCAUGGUGAAGUUGCGUCUCGUAUAGCAAGCAAAUUUGCAUCCAGGAUUAGAACAGAUUUGCCUAGACUUAGAUGGAGAUGGGGAUUCUGGAAAGAAGGAGAAAAGGACUGUUGGGUCUCUGAUUUUAUUUAGCUUGUCAAACAUGGCUGUGCUUACUCUGAAGAAGGAAAAUAGUAAUAGUAAUAAUAAUAAUAAUGAUCACAAUAUUAAGAUAAUAACAAUAAUAAGGAUUGAGCUGAACUUUGCUCUGCUUUACUGGGACAGCAGAAACAAUUAGAAUGAAUGGAAAGUUUAUAUCUUGGAAAGUCAGCUUAGAAUGAAAGAUUUGCUAAGUUGAAGUUACCACCAAACAGAACAAGAAUUGAAUGGUAAGUAAGUAAUAACUAAGUAUGCCUUGUAAAAAGAGUAUUGCAUAGGUCGACAAUCUUAGAGCUAUUUGUCUGAAGCAAGGUUCUUCUGGAUAUAAACCUCUUAAUAACAUUGUAAUCAUUUAUGUCCUUGUAUCCUCAAAAUGUAAUUUUUGUAAAUAAUUGUAUCUCUCUUUGUCGACAUGUGUUGCCGUUGCAUCAUGUAUUUGGCAAUCUGCUACCCUUUUGCAGCUUGAAAUUGUAUACUUUGUACAUAUUUUAGUGUCGAUAUCACUUUGAAUUGGUGUCUAAAA